AACAGUAGAUCUAGUCUUGCUUACUGGAUCUAUAGAUCUAGAUCUACUUUUAGACGAGUUACUAGUCAAGACUUAGUCUUAGAUCUAGAAAUUCUGAUCUAGAUCUAGAUUCUUUUAUAAUUCCAGAUCCCAUAGCACCAACAACACAAACAGAAACACUGAAGUGAAUCAGCAAACACUCAAUAAUAAUAAGUUUAAAUAAGUUAUAAGUCAAUUAACAAUUCACUCAGUCACAGUCACAACUCAUUGCAUUGAAACAUCAGAAAUAAUUAGAAUAGAACCAUGAAUGGCAUGAAGUAUGAUGAAGAAUCACAAAGUCAAAGCACCAGGAGAGCCUCAGAGAGGGUCAAAUUACAGUAUAUAACUAAUUAUAUGAGCAACAAUGAUAUGACAAGAGUUGAGACGAGCUCUAUUUUUCAAAAGAUUUGAAGAUGGACUCUGAUGUUUUGAGGCUGGAAGAGUAUAUGGAUGUUUUGUACAGAUGUAAAUUUUGUCCAUUCACAUGUAGUCAGUCUUCUGAGAUGAGCUCGCAUGUACGAGCUAAUCAUCUAUCCAUUUUAAUAUCGACACACAACAACAGUCCUACGUCUAGAAAUUGUGAUUUGAAAGAAGAGUGUGUUUCUUUCGCUCCUUUGGCAAUACCAGUUAGUCAAGGGGGACCUCUUAAUUUAAGCAAUAACUCAACUCCUGACCUAACAGAACUUAUCAAUUUAGUGAAGCCACCUGAUGGAAACAACAGAAAUCAUGCCCAGGCCGACCCAGGGAGUCAUUUUUCUCCUGGAGAUGCCUCUCAGUAUCACACGUCACUCGGCACUUGUCUCCCUGUGUCCAUGGUAAAUGGGGACUGUUUAUCGGAUAACGACAAUCUGAAAUCUUCGGUACUACAGCUACAUCCUGGGCAGACUCACUUGUCCUCAUUGUCUCAACCUUUUAGUUCCAAUUCUGUGGUGUCAGCUGACUUGGAUGUCUCUCAGCCAUAUACUGUCAUGGCUAUACACUUACCAAAUUUACCUUUGAAUGGAUCUAAUUCAGUUUCACAAUAUGUUAUGGGAACAAACGAUGUAGAGACUGUUAACAUUUCAGAUCAUUCAGAAACGAAGGAGUUUUUGCUGUGUGGACUGUGUAAGCUUGCUUUCACUACCAUGGAGGAAUGUCAGACACACAUGCAGCUUGAACACAAAGAACUAAUGCAAGGGAGUGGGAUUAGCAUUGGAGUGCAGGCAGGUGGCGCCAAAAGAGGAAGGAAACGUAAAUCUGAACAGCAGCAUAAGAUCAAAACUGAAUCAUACAUAGACACGGAAGAUAUUGAGUGGCUUCCUAGUGUUGCAGAUAAUAGUAGGACAACGCAUCCAGAUGGCAGUUUAAGACGUAGGAUUAAACCCCCUCGUGCCCUAAAAGAAGAUUAUGUGCUUGGUAAAUGUGCCAGAAAACGUCUCCGUGAAUCAUGUAUGAAUCUUGGUUACAAAAUUGUAUGUCCUAUGAUGAGCUGUAAAGCAAAAUUUAAGACUGAUUUAGGUCUACACAUCCAUUUGUCUUGCCACAACAUGGACAAUGCUGCCUUUACUUGCAUGAAAUGUCAAGCCCCCCAUGAGUUUUGGAAACACUUGAGAAUACACUUAUGGAAAGAACAUAAGGUUGACUGUGAUUUAUUUCAAUGUGAUCAGUGUGACUAUAAGACAGACACUCAUCACAAAAUGAGCAUACACAAGGAAAUCCAUACUAAUGUGAAACCAUACACCUGUGAUAUUUGUAACAAAGGCUUUCGACAAGCUUCCCAGAUGAAGAACCACCAAGUUAUCCAUACCAAUAGAGAGGAGAAGUGUAGCUCUAGGGGAUGGUUCUCUUCCAAAUCUUGUGAUAUCUGUGAUAGAGUUUUUGCCAACAGCAAGUGCCUUAAAAAACACAAGGAAGCUGUACAUACAAACCAUAAACCUUUUGAGUGCAUGUACUGUAAUCAUACCACAGCAAGGAAGGCCAUGAUGGAGUUACAUAUACGUACUCACACUGGAGAGAAGCCUUUCAAAUGUGACAUUUGUCCUUACAGUACUGGGGAUCAUAAUUCCAUGCGACGACACAAAAUGCGUCACACUGGCCAGAAACAGUAUCGUUGUACUCAGUGCCCGUACACGUGUAUUCAAAGUAUUUCCUUAAAGCAGCACAUGAGACACAAACACCCGGGGACAUCCGCAGGCAUCUUCCAGUGUUCACGUUGUCCAUUCCGCACCAUCAAUCAAUGUAUAUAUAGUAACCACAUGCAGGACCAUAAGAAAGGACUGAUUCCAGAUAAAAUAAUUCCACCCAGAAUUGAACUUCCAAAAGUCAAAAAGUAUCCAUCAAGAUCACAGUCUGGUAAACGUCAAUCGGGAGGUGCAACUCUGGUUGAACCAUUAUUAAUGAAACAUCCUCAGUUCCAUGCUGUCCUACCAGGCAAUGAGCCUACACCUUUAACCAGCUUGACUGGAGAGCUUACCUCUUCUUCAGGGGAAACACAAUCGGAAGUUUUUACUAUGCAGGUGACAAUGUUGGCAGAAGGAGACACUCAGAUAAGUGCAGAUGACAUGAACAGAUUGUCUGAAAGCGCUGGACUCAUGGCAUCAGGCAUCACACCGUUUCAGUUAAUCUAUGCAACUUUAUCAACUAUUUCUGAGCAGGGAGAAGCUGCCAGGGUUGGUGAAGGUAGAUCAGCAUUGCUUACUGCCGAGCUUGUAGGAGGCAUCCACACAGCAAUUCUAAGCUCCAUGCAAGAUGGCGUUACUGUACAUUCUAUCACUUAUCACCUCCCCCGAGCCCCUGCAACCGAAGAGCAAAUAAAUGUGGGCGUGAAUGGACUUUUACAAAAGAUCAAGGUUGAAAAGAAGGAUGGCUCGGAAGAGGAGGACUCUCAGAGGGAGUUUGAAGGAGGAAGUGCCUUGUCACAAAACUUGGUGGUUGCAGAUGACCCUCACAAGUGUGAUGACCUGUUUUACUUGAGUGGUGCUGAGAAGAACUCUGAACCCGUAACUGGGGACAGAGUGGAACACAAUGUCCAGCAGGCGGUGAGCGGUGAUAGAACAGAACACAACAUCCAGCUGAAAAUGAAUAUGAAAAAGAGAUUGGAAACUAGAACAGAAUCCAGUGCUCUCAGGGCAAUGCUGGAGUGUCGAGACAAAAUGACAAUAUUAACUAAUGACACCAGUGACGUCAGUUUUCUGUCAGAUUUCUUAGAACCUCAUCCUAUAGACCCCUCGUCACAGGUUUUCACAACCAACGUGGAAGGCUGAGGUUUGUGUCACAAGAUGGACUUAGCUCAGGGACUACUGCUUGUUAAUUUAUUGCUUUUUUUGAAGCAAAUGAUCUGUCCAACUAUGGUAAUGAAUAUGUUUUAGGGAAGUUCAAGGUUAUGCCAAACAGACUUGUUUUAUUUCAUGUGGUUGUAAUGGAAGGUUUAUGAAUCAGAUUACUGGAAUUAGGUUCCUCAGAAAAUGUUAGAAUAGUUACUUGAACCAAUUAUAUAAAAAAAUCUCUGGCUCAACCAACCAGACAUAUAUAUAUAUAUAUAUAUAUAUUGAGUAAUGGUUUAGGCCUAUUGGCUCUAUAAUGUUAAUAUGUUAUCUUUUUUUUUUAUAUUUGUGUAAUAAUUGGGUAAUUAAAAUUUAAAUUGCUCUUUUUCAAAUUAAUGAAGCUAAAAAAAAAUAUACUAGGGCUAUAAACUUAAAAACAAUAGGC